CUUUUCCUUCUUUUACUCGUUCUCCACAGUUUGUUUGCUUCCUCACUACCAUAAACACAGCAGCAUAAGACCAGAAACCAACAGCAACCAAUAAGCAACAGAAGCCGCAACAUCAAGUGCAACGCCGUAUGUCCCCUGUUGCUUCUUCGACAGACGAACACAGUGUGGCGCGACUUUCGUCAUCCAAUGCGUCGAAAAAAUCUCCGUCUGGUCGUCUAACCAGUCCUGCUGCAUAUGUGUUCGCGCCGAGCUGGAUGGCUAACAGUAAGGAAUCGCAUAAACCGUCGAAUUUAGCAUUUUCGUCAUUCUCAACAAUGAAAACCCACAAUCCAGCCCCACGAUCUUCCAACUCAUCGCCCUAUCCAGGACGCCCAUUGCAUAAACUUCAACCCAAACCACAUCACGACAUCAACACUACAACCACCACCACCACCAUCAAUCCUGCGACAACUGCGACUACAGCUACACCUCCGUCAUCAUAUCGAUCCGAACAGCCUGACAGCUCCGGGUCGUUACAAGAGAGCGAGUUUCCGAUCCUUGGGGAAGACGCCGCUUCAGACAAACGCCACGCUGGACGAUCUGCUUGGAGCAAUCCAAACGCAAUCAAGGCCAAGGUACUUUGCCCGCCUGCUGCGGCCUCAGAUGAAAGUAAUGCAGAGAUUCCUUUGUCUCCAAAUGACAUUGAGUUGGAGCGUUUAAAAGCACUUGUACCGAAACGACGCUCAGGAGCAGCAUCAUCAUCACCAUCACCAUAAUCAUCAUCAUAAUCACCAUCAGCAUCAUCCAGCGUCUCCCUUAAUAAGUCCCACUCCGUCCCGAUCAUUAUCCUCGACACAGCGUAUGAGGCCCAACAGCAAACAAUCUGCUGCUAUGAGAAACAGCAAUAAUGGCAGUAGUAAUAGCAGCGGCA